GUCCACCACCUUGUCGGCAACGUCGGCCAGACGCUUCAUGAUAUAGAUGGCGCGCUCGCAGAGCUGCUCGAUCAAUGGCACCAUGGCGUCCUGAGACUUUUGCUGAGCGAGGUCGCAAGCAGCCCAGGCGUAGUUGGGGAUGUUGUUGAGCUUGUUGAUGCCCGACGCGGUGGCCACGUCGUCCAGAGUGACCUCGGUGAUCUUGGUGUUGUCGCAGACGGCCUUGAACUCAGACAUGAGACGCUCAAACUGCUGACCUCCGUAGAGCUUGCUGUUCCAGUAGGCGAUGCCCCACUCCUCAGCGUCAAACUUGAUUGGGCGGUUGUACAGGUCGACCCAGUCGCCGCCGUCGCCCUGUUGGUGCUUCUCCUCCUCCAGUGUUUGACCAUUCACAGUGGGGUUACCCUCACUGGUACCCGCCAGCAGCUUCUCGGUGAUCUGCAAAAAGCCGACGGUGUAGUGCGAUGCGACGGCGCGCAGCAUGGUGGCGUCCAGCGACGA